AAUAAUGCUGGAACGUACGUUAUUCAUAGAUAAGUACGUAAAUAAUUUAUUUGCAGAUUAAACUUUCGAUUCUUGCAGAUUGUUUUAUUAAAUUAAGUACCUCUGCACGCUGGAGUGUACUAGAAUACUUUCAGAUUGGUAAGUUGGUAAAAUAUGUUAAGAUUACUUUAGAGAUAUUAUUAUUAUUUUUAAUUUGUUAUAAUUUAUAUACCUACUUAUGCUUAAUUCUUAAUUUUCUCAAAUCAUACAAAUAUGAAUUGUUUACGUUAUGAAAUUGUUUGAAUCAAUAUUUGAUUUCAACAUCUUUACAUCGUUAAUAUGUAUAUGAUUUUGUUUGAUCUUUUUUUUUUUUUUUUUAUCUCUAGGUACUAGUACAAAUGUAAACAUCAAUUAUCUCUAGUGAUAUACUAGGUACAGUUAUUAAGUUUAAAUUAUUUUAUUUUUCUCUAUUGCAGAAUAAUUAUGCGUGAUCGUGAUCGUUAUAAAGAUAAAGGGCAUGAACGUUCUAAAGAUAAACACCGUGAUCGAUCUACUAGUUUGACCAGAACACGUAGAGGUAGAUCAAGAAGCGCAUCACCAAGACCAAGACGUGAUCAUUCAAGAAGUCCACGUCGUAUACGUUCUCGUAGUACUUCUCCACGACCUAGACGUGAUGUACGAAAACGAAGUCGAUCUCGGCCACGUCAUUCGCGUUCGAGAUCACCAGUAAGACGUCAUUCUAGAGAACGACGUCGUUCUAGAAAUCGCGAUUUGCGAAGAUCCAGGUCAAGAACUCCAACAAAAAAAGACAAAAAAAUCAAUAGGGUUGUCCAACAAUCAGCACCAAAACUUACUGAAGAAGAUCUCCGUGGUAAAACUGCCGAAGAACAAGAAAUGAUGAAAAUGAUGGGAUUUUGUAAUUUUGACUCUACUCAUGGUAAAGAAGUUGACGGUAAUAAUGUUGGGGAUGUUCAUGUUAUACUAAAACGUAAAUAUCGACAGUAUAUGAAUCGUAAAGGUGGGUUCAAUAGACCAUUAGAUUUUGUGGCUUAAGUAAAAUAUGAAUAAUUUGUUUAGAAAUAGUUAGAAAAAUAUAAAAACGACAAUUGUAUAUUUCUAUG